UCAUCUAAGCUGGUUUAAGUGUAACUUAAUUAUACUGAUUAUCCAUAGCAAUAAAUGCGGUGGCUGGUAUAAGAUCUUGGUUUUUUAUCUACUACCAACUGGAUAGAUAGAUGUGUCUGUUCUUCUUGACAAUACUGUAUAAUGUACAGCAUAAUAGUUGGAAACUUUCAUGACAUGCUGGUUGAUCAGACAGAACAGUAACUGCGUUUGAUGACCAAAUCCUGCUGGAGAGUUAAGACAUAACAAAACAGAUUCCUGUUGAGUGGAUGUGUUCAAGCACCUAAUGUUUUAUGACAAUGAGCCAGAGUACAUAUAGAUGCUGUUAACUAGAUUGCUCAAGUUAAAGAGAAAAGUACAUUUGAUAAGAUCUGUCACAGACUCCAUCAUGGCUGAAUGGUAUGAUGACCUUUUGACCUUCAUCAAUGAAGAGAAUAAGGAUGGGAUCCUGUCCAUGUUGCAGCGACUUCCGAAUAUUCCAGGCGCCAUUGAGAGACUUCGUGAAGAAUGUGCACCGCUUGUUAUGGCGUCUUGUCGGAAAGGCUAUACAGACGUGUUGCAGUUUCUGAUAGAGAAUGAUAUAGACAUUAGUAACAUAGACACACAGGAAAAUCCCAUUCAAGUAGCCUGUGAAUUUAAUCAAGUCAGUGUGCUUGAUUUUCUGUUUGAGAGAGGUGUGCCCAUUCUGCCUGGAACUAUGAAGGCAUGGGAGGAAGAAUCACCCAUCUAUAUAGCAUCAAAGUGUGGACAUUACGAUGUUAUUCAUAAAUUAAUUGAGAAGGAGCCUAAUUUGAUCAAAGAUGACCAAGUACGGAACUGUUUACUGUAUGCAGCAUGUUUAGGAGGAAACAUAGAUGUUGUGAAGAUGUGGUUGUCACCUAGCAUAGACAUAAAUCAUCCCCUGCAACUUGUGAAGAGACUCACAGAUUGUGAAAAACUUACACCACUAUUUGCUGCCUGUGCUGGUGGACACAAACAUGUGAUAAAGUUUUUACAGAGUAACUGUGAGGAUCUGCAGUUCUCUACAGCGGUUUGUCAGGCACACCCUGGCAUUAUUGGAGAAUACCUUCAAAAGUAUUUUGAGGUGGAGCCUUCAGACAAUGAAGAUGAUUUCAUUGAGUUAUGUACUGGACAUUUACAACGGAAGAACCUUCACAUGCUUCACCCUGAUUGGUUCACACAACAUCCUUACUUUAUGACAUUAUCGGAGCUUGAUAUUAGCAACAACAGAUUAACAGAGUUACCUGAUUGUCUCCCUUGGAAGUUCCAGAACCUAAGAUGCCUGAAUGCUUCUAGAAACUUUAUCAAAUGUCUAAGUUACUGUGAAGAGGCGGGUAGUGAGGAAGACUCAAUCUGUCCAAGCCUUGAAGAGGUCAACAUUUCCUACAAUAACUUGGAGUCAGUGUGCCGAGAACUAUUUGAGAUUCAAACGUUACAGCAUCUGAAUCUGUCACACAACAAACUUGUGUAUCUCAGCAAGUCUUUGCUUCAUCAAGGUGCAGCUCUGACAGAUAGUAAUACGAUACUGAAGCGGCACUCAUCCAUGCAAGAGAGACAUUGGUUGUGUUUGGAUCUCAGGAAGUUGGAUGUUUCCCACAAUGCACUAGUCAUGUUGCCAACGGAGAUACAGGCUUGUAGAGAACUUAUCCAUAUUGAUGUCAAUAACAACAGAUUGACAACAUUCCCACAACCAUGGAGUUGUCCACUGGAGAUUUUGGAUCUGAGCCACAACCAACUGGAAAGAUUCCCUGUGAACACUGAGCAAUACUGGAGUGGCAGUUUACGUUACCUCAACAUCAGUCAUAAUUAUCUUGAUGAGAUCAACGAGGGAAUUGUGAGACUUAAUAUAUUGACCGAUUUGAUUGCCUCUAACAACAAGAUAGAGAGAUUGCCAAGCCCUGAGAUCUGGGAAUGUGGACAUCUACAUAACAUCAGCCUCAAACACAACAAACUGGGCAUUCCUAUAGAACCACCAAAAAAACCCAUACUGCGAUUUGGUAAACCUCGUACGAGCAGUUCAGAAGAUACGAGAAUGCUUCAUUUCCCACAAUCCCUUGCUUACUGUCUGAAGGAACUGCGUCUGGCAGACAAUAAUUUAGACUGUGUGCCACAGUCAGUGUGUGAAUUAAUCAGUCUGGAGAUCCUAGAUCUAUCAGAUAAUCCAUUGAUAAAGGUCCUUCCUAGAGAACUUGGCAAGUUGAAGAACUGUGGCAUGCUCAAACUGAAGGGGGUUACACCCACAAAUGUCAGCUUACCUGCAUCAGGCAACAAAACCAAGGAGAUACUGUCCGAGUUGUUGGAAAAUCUACGGGACUGUCAGCCAUACCAUCAAAUCAAAGCUGUUGUAUUAGGAAAAAAGGACAAAGGAAAGACAACUCUGGUGAAUAUUUUAGCUGGCAAAAAGACCCAAGCUAUCAAAGAAAGGCAAAGUAUUGUCAGAGAAGAAGUCACUCUAGUAAAGAAAGGUUUCUCUCUAAGGAAAGAAAUAGAGGUCAAGCUUCAUGUAUGGGAUAUGUCGGGAGAUGAGGUUUAUGCACAGAUAUACCACAGUGUGUUUACGCCUCUUACAUUAUACAUCCUCGUCUGGGAUUUCUGGUCCAUCACCGAUGAAAUUGAUAAAAUCGAGAAAUGGAUCAACAACAUACAGGCAAGCACAAGCAGUUUUUGUGUUGUGUUGGUGGGAACGUUUAUAGAUAAGUUAACGCCACUGAAGCCUGACACAGUCCAGAUUGUGAAAGAUAGACUGGUUGAGAGACUUGGAGAUCAAACACCAAGACUGUGUCCAGUCUCUUGUAUUAACAAUGAAGGUAUAGAACACCUUCGUACAUUCUUGUAUGAAACAGCUUUAUGCAUGACGUUACCUGGAAGGAAUAGAUUACCUCUAAUUGGUCGAAAAAUUCCGAAAAGUUACCGACUGAUGGAGAAACAGAUACUGGAAGAAUUGAAGAGACUAGAGACAGAGAAAAAACCCUUGUGUCUGACACAAAAUCAGUUUCUGGACAUAAUAGAAAGAUUACCACAGAAACAUAAUGAUUUACAGUCGGCUGAGGAGACAGCAGCUGUGACAAAGUUUCUAGUGGAAGCUGGUUACCUGCUUCAUUUCUCAGAUCAGCUUGGUGCCCUUGAUACACUGUACUUCCUGGACCCGGCUUGGCUUUGUGAUAUACUUGUUCAUGUACUGAUAUCACCUAAAGGAAAGACCCAUUUGAGACAAGGCCGAGGCAAGAUAAGCCGACGGGAUGCAGAGUUGAUAUAUAAGGAGUCUGCGAAGUUUCCAUCAGAGUUUGUGGAUCAGUACCUGGAAUUGUUGGAGAGAUUUGAAAUUGCAGCAUCUAUAUCACAAUCUGAAUUCCUUUUUUUCCCAUGUCAGCUUCCAGUUGAUCCUCCAAUUAUAGAAACAGCAGACGACAAAUUGGACGCCAAGACUAUGAGAAGACUGUACAGAAUGUCGGACUGUCCAAGUGGGUUCUGGAUGCGACUGGUUACACGUAUGAUGAUGCGGGUAGAACAGUUUGCGAAAAAAGACUGGCACUUCCGACCGAUAAUGACACACUCAAUGAGAAUGAUGUCAAUGAGACAUGGAACCAGCGUGUCCAGUGGUCCUAAAAGGGGAGGCAGCUUCUAUGGAUUACAAAUAAAGUCAGCACGUAAGACAUUCUGUCGAGAGUUAAUCCAUGUCAGUCAUGAAGAUGGGGGCUUCUGCGUGGAACCGGCUAUAUUUACAGGUUCAGACAAUAGGGAUGGCCUGCAGAAUGGUGUAUUGAUUACUGAAGUCAGUAAAACUGGAAAAUUUGCCAUUAUUGGUAUAAUUGUUGAUGAAAUAGAGGACAUCAUACAAGAUUACUAUCCAGGAUUGCUAGAACCAGAUAUGAUGUCACUUAGUAUGCAUCUUGAGCGAUAUGCCCUGUGUUCUACAUGUUACCAGGGGCAGCCACUGCCAAAUGUAAUAAACCACUUCACUAUGGAGCACUGCGCCAGAUUGCUCGUUAAUGGAGACUCAAUAACAUGUCCACAGGGUAUAAAGCAAGAAUUAAGUGCACUUGUACCAGACCUACUAAUGAAGGAACUACCUGACAAAUACUUUAUGGCUCUGGACAAACUUGAACUUAAAGAGACCAAAGAGAGUUGUCUGGGUACAGGAGUGACUGGUUCAGUGUUUAAAGGAAAAUACAAUGGUCAGGCAGUGGCAAUUAAGGUGUAUCGGAGUGAUAUACGUAACCGUAUUGAAGCAGGGAAGUUUGCCUCUGUUAACAGUAACAGUAGUGACAGUGGUACAGCGACAUUGUCCACACAGGGAUCUGUAGCCGAGGCGCAGGAGGAAGAUAUCUAUGUAAACGUUGCUAAAGCAAGAAGAUCAGAGAUUGAUAUGGAUGAAACUGAAAGUAUCAAGGCAUUACGAGCAAUUAAGGAGAUGCGACAGGAAGUGGCCAUUACAAGCAGACUUCAUCACCCUUGUGUUGUAUCACUCAUUGGUCUGGCAUUCAGACCUAAAUUAAUGAUGGCAUUAGAGUUGGCUCCCUUGGGAAGCUUGAGAGAUAUUCUAGACAAGCAGACUCAGGGUCGGCCGGUGUUUAACAGGUAUAAGAACAAGGAUGAAUUGUUCCCUGCAUUGUUUGAGAAGGAACUGAUAUUCAAAUUUGUCUUUCAGAUUGCUAAAGGACUAGAAUACUUGCAUACCAAUGCCAUCAUUUACAAAGACCUGAAAUCAGACAACAUUCUAACAAUGUCACUGGACUUGUCUGCCCCUGUGAACCUGAAACUGUCAGAUUAUGGAAUAUCAAAGUUCAACUGGAGUGGGAGAUCAGUGGGUCUGGUGGGAACACCCGGGUAUCAAGCACCAGAGAUCCUUGAUGGAAAGGCUUAUGAUGAAAAGGUUGACAUUUUUGCCUUUGCUAUGGUGAUUUAUGAGAUACUGACUGGCAGGAGACCUUUCGCUGAGUGUGACAACCUGGCACAGAUUACAAAAGCCAUGAAAAUUCAUGGGAGAAGGCCGAAUUUAAAAGAUUUCAAUGUACUGACACGGUUUCCCUGGCUUGAAAAGACUAUGAAAGAUUGCUGGCAAAGUAUGGCUCAGUCACGGCCUGCCGCUUCAAACAUUGUGUCAAAAAGUUCCAUGCAAAACUUGCAGUAUCUUGCACAAACAUGGGUGGUUGAUAUACCUAACAAUCAAAAACUGAGUACAAACUGUGUACUUGGGACUUAUGAAUUAGACAAUCGAUCAUUACUAUGUAUAUGGGAUGGUUAUAAAUCAGAGAGAAAUUUCUCUAUAUUGGACCCAGACUGGGCCACAUUCAGAGUGGCCGGACAGAAGUAUGAUGGACCACAGGUUAUAUGUAUGGCCCAAGUUGGUAGGCAUAUCUGGACUGGAAAUCAGCAGAUGAUAUAUGGCAGAGGAUUUCAUAAACUGAACCGCACAGUUGAGAAUACAAUAGUUGUAUAUAGACGGUCAGAGAAUGGAUCCCUGGAGGAAGUGAGUACAUUGCCCUUGGAUAGCUGCCCUGUACAGAUCCUAGCUGUCCCUGCCAGAAAGGGGUGUGGUAAUGGACGUGGUAAUCAGACAGGUUAUAGAGUGUAUGUGGCUCUUGAACAAGGCAGUCUGUUACAGUUCCAGUCAUUGACAAGAAACAAAGCAGGUGAAAGCAGACAUUUAAGGCAUACUGUUAGAAAUAUAGCCGGUUACUCCGACCCAACUGCUUGUAUCUUGAGAUCACGAACAAUAUAUUGCAUAGCAUACUCUGAUGUAAAGCAAGAACUUUGGGUAAGCGGAAAUGAGCAUGUUGAUAUUGUGAACUGCCUGGACUUCAAAGUUAAUACAGACGAAAGAAUUAAUCUGACAAUUUUGUUACGUAUGUGCAAAAUACAUCCCGUGUUGUGUGUAGGUGAAAUGGUUUGUUCAGGCUCGCAAAUGUUUUGUAUGCUGGCAUACUCACCGUUUGUGCUGGAAUUUGACACAGAAACAUACAUGUGCAGAAGUGUUUUAAAUUUGGAGAAGUACUUUGUGAUUUUUAAACUGGUAUCGAAGGAUUUUACUGAGAUUGAUCACGAAGCCUAUCAUGGUGUUACUACAGAAGAUUGGCAGGGGUCAGCAAAUGCAGAUAUUUCUGAUCAUAGUGAUGACAGUUAUGAAUCCGAGGAUGAGCCGUCGGAAAGUAGUAACUUUAGUGAAACUGCAAAUUUCUGGAAAAGCCAACAGAGAGCAAAGUCCCAGCCAGUCAGUCCUGAACAAACUGGAGACAAGUUGAUGGAUGAGCCUCCAUUAGUUCCCCAAAGGACAAGGGCCUCGAGGAAAGCUUUAAAGGUCCUUGGGAUUGAAGGGGCAGAAAAUGUAACUCAGUCAUGUAUAGAGAGCCCAGUGGUUCCUCCAAGACCUCCUCGACCUAAGACUGAUUUACAUGGAAGAGGGAGACAAACUCCUGCGUCACAGAACAGACCACCACCAAUUCCUCCAAAAGGUAAAACUCUUGAAGAUCAUCAAAGGGCGGCAAAUAACAAAAAGGUGGGAAAACAAACAUCAUUUUCCUGCCAAAUAUGCCUAAACAUGUAGGAUAUGAUAUUGAGUUAACCUCAAUAUUGAUUGUUAAGAAUUCUUUGUGGGUAGGGCGCAGUUGUGGAGAUAUUUGUGUGGUAAAUAUUCACAGGGCGGAGUCUGGAGAGAUAAGUAGAUUUGGAAAAGUUGUGGCAAAUAUGUUUGAUUUGAACAUGAAACAAAAGAAAAUUAAUUCUGUGCCAAAUUUGAGACUUGUAAAAACUGGAAAACAUAUUGCAUCUGCUUACACAUUAGAUGCUGGGAAUGAUUCAGCAGAAGUUCAGAUUGCAUUCUGGGAAAGCUAUGGAGUAGAUGAUGCAGAGAGAGUAGAAAAACACUGGGGACAUAUUUUAGCAGUUGAAAAUGAUUUAUUUGAGGGUUGUAAAGAGUCAGACCAGGCUGCAGCAGAUAUUGGUAAAUUUUAACAGGCUGAUCAUGGUCUUCACUGUUUGCUGUUCAGUCAGUAAAUUUUCAGUGAACACGUCUUUGAAGGAUAAAUGGUACUGCACAAAUUGAAUGACAGACCAAUUCAUUUUAAAAAUUUAUCAUGCUAAAGUUAAGUUUAGACAAGUUUAAAUCGGAGUACUUGAUGCUAAAGGGUAAAUGGGACAGCUGCCUAUAUGUAUAUAGGGCAAAAAUUUUCCUGCAGGCAGAAUUCCUUUAAAUUUUGUGUACUGAUUGAGAAUCAUGUUUAAAACGGAUAUAUGUAUUAAAAAUCAUAGGUGCCCAGGCUUGAUGAUGAAUUAUCUGCCCUUGAAAGUCUGAAAAUACUGAAAAAAUCGACUUUCAAGAGCAGAAAAUUCAUGCAGGUGGCUGCUAAGGCAGAUUCAACUGUAUUGUGUAAAUAUCAUAUCCUCUGUGAUAUUUUUUUCAUAAAUGCCGUCACCUUUAAAGUUCAGUUAUAUUGAUAUUUAUGUCUCCCACCACACAGUGAUGUGGGAGACAUAUUGAUUUACUCCAGUUUGUGUCUGUCAAAAAGCUUGUUUGCACUUUAAGUCGAAUAUUUCUCAUCGGAUCUUCAACAAACUUGAACAAAAUGUGUUUUACCAUAAGACCUCGGCCAAGUUCGAUAACUAGCCAGAUCAGCUUAGGCACUUUUGAAUUAUGGCCCUUGAAUUACUGAUUGGAUCCACUCCUCCAGACCAACUAAUUGAAUCCAUUCAUCUAGACCAUUCAAAGAAACUAGACAUUUUUCAUAGGGGCAGUUGUGGGAGACAUGCGCUUUUCUCAAUGCAUCUCUAGUUUUUAUUUGACUUUGGAUAAAGAUCAAAUGUGUAUCAUUGACUAGUUAAGUGUAAAUGAAUGAGGAUGAUGAAGAGAAAGAUGAUUAGCUUUGCAUUUGGAAAUAUGUAAUUGUCCAUUUGUGGAGAAUCAUUCAGAAUUCAUAUGUCAAUAGUUCAUACAUAGAAAUAUUAAUAUUUGUAUAUAUUUGAACUUUCUAGAUAAAAUGCUGUUCAAAUGAAUGGCAUAGUUGAUAAGGGAAUGUGAUGAGAUUUUUUUAAAAUUUAUAAAUAUGUUUAUUUUACUACCCGAAAUUCUACACAAGAAACAACUGCAAUAUUCACAGUUUACUACAUGUUUAUUUGUACAUUUAGGUAUUAUGACAUUCACAUAUGCUAUACUGAUUAUAGGUGCAUAUGAUACUGCAAGCAACAACUUUAAUUAUGUAAUUCAUACUAAUAUAUGAAAGUUAUUAUAAAUAGUAUGGCAAAGUUUGGCCACUCCGUUGUUUGUAGUAACCCUGUCGACCGGGAGGAAACCAGACGCGCCUGUAAAGCACCACAUCAUUACUCCACGGUUUGCUGUGGAAGCAACAGUCAGCACCACACGAACGCAAGGGAUACCACAGUACACCAAAGUAAACCAAACACCCCCAUAACUCGACGGUUGGCUGUCAAAGUAAUGAGGAAUAUUUAGCGUACCAACGGAGCCAGGCAACGUACUGUGAUUCUAAGCAAAGCGAGCAAGGCUACAGUACACCACAAUAUUUAGCGGACCAACGGAGCAAGGCAACGUACUGUGAUUCUAAGCAAAGCGAGCAAGGCUACAGUACACCACAAUAUUUAGCGGACCAACGGAGCAAGGCUACAGUACACCACAGUAAAUUAAACAUUCCCCAUAACUCGACGGUUGGCUGCCAAAGUAAUGAAGGAAUAUUAGCGGACCAACGGAGCAAGGCAACGUACUGUAAUUCUAAGCAAGGCAACUAUACUAUAAUGAGCAAGGCUAUGACAUAAGCAAGGCUAUGACACAUUUAAGCAAGGCUAGUCAGAUAUUGCCAAAGCACUAGAGCAAUACCUUUUACACAGUAACAUCCAUACUAUGACAACGUUCGUAAGCACGCCCCGAUCGCCCCCGCGGUCGACAGAAUUUUUCUCGGCCCUUAAUAUAUUAGGAGUGACAUCAGUAUAAAGAUAAAGAAGAUUAAUUUGAAUUUUAGAUUCACUUUAAAUAAAUUCUUAUCAGUAUAACUAAAAUGUCUAUAUUUUUUCUUUUUUCUUUUGGUCCUCAAUGCAUAACUUGGUAAAUUGUCAUCUAGGUUUCUCAUCAUCUGCCAUCUGGAAAAAGUUAAUACCAAAUUGGAUUUGUCUGUUUCACGAUUGAUUUGUAGCCCAGGAAUCUGUUCAAUUCUGUAUCUGUGUAAGGUGCCUGCAUUCUGUUCACUUCCGAUGUUAACAUCCAAAUGGCAGCAUAUCAUCUGUAACAUAAGUACUUCACAGAACAGUCAGAUUGCCAUAGCAGAAUUUAAAAUGCGAUAACAUAAUUAGUUUUAGCAUAACAACAGAAAUUUUUAUUA